AUGUCAGAUUAUAACAUACAUUCUUCUUAUUUACCUCCGCGUCUUAUUCUUCGUUUCAUAGCUUUUUCUCAUGGUCUUCGUUCCAUUCAAUACGGCACAAUUCGCACUUACUUAGCUGCUAUUCGUUUUUAUUGUUUACGCGACGGCUUUUCAGAUCCAUUUCUAGACAUGAACGAUUUUAUUAUACCACAAUUUAAGAUGGCUCUUCGAGAUAUGCAUCGUUUCAGUACUUUAGCUAUUAAACAAUGCAAGCCCAUGACCAUUAAUCUGUUAAACAUAUUAAUUAUUGAAUUACGUGCAGGUGUUUUUCAUCCUUAA